UCUUUUUUAUAGUAGAACGGAUUACAUUGAACACCCUGCAAAGACCAGCAUAGGCCUUUGAAGUAUUUAAUCCACCCCAACCGACUAAAAAAACACUGGCCAAAAUGUCUGACGACGACUGGGAUGCUGAUGAGACUAUCGCCCCCGCUGCCCCUGCUGUAACUCUCCCUCCCAAGGUUCCCGCCAAGAAGUGGGCCGAUGAGGAUGCCGAAGAUAAUGACAGUGACGACGACUGGGACAAAUCUGAGGAUGAGAAGCCACAGGCGACCAAGGUUGCUGCCGUAGCACCAGCUAAGAAGAAGGGUACUCUCAAGCAAAAGCUUGCCGAAAAGGAGAGGCUUGCCAAGGAGGCUAAGGAGAAGGGAGUGGACGAUGACAAUGACUUGAUGUACACUAUGACUGAGCAAGAGAGGCGGCGGUUGGCUAGGGAGAAAGAGCAAGAAGCAGACUUGGCCGUGGCUUCUGAUCUCAUGGGUGCUGUCGACUUGGGUGACGAGGGUGAUGCUCUCAAGAGUGUUCUUUCCGCCCAUCCCUCUACCAAGAACGACUUUUCCGAACUCUCCAAAAACAUCUACACUUCUAUCAUUAAGAAGCACGAGUCCAACCCUCUUUACGCUCACUUUGUCGAGCAGCUUGCCAAGGACAUUAGUGCCGCGCUUACCGCUGUUCAGACUAGGAAGGUGUCUUCAGCUUUGAGUGUGUUGGGUAACACCAAGCAACAGGAAGAGAGGGAAAAGGCUAGUGGAAAGAAGAAGGCUGCGUCAAAGCCCAAGCUCGGCGCUGCCAAGGUAUUAUCCAAGGUUGACACUGAGGCUUACGACGAUGUCCUUGGAGAUGACGAUUUCAUGUAAGGGAAACAAUAGUGUCGUUGUGCAUACUAUAUAUAGAUUUGUGCUUCAAUGGAAGUGACAUCUUCUGGCAUGUUGUCAAGCAGUCGACUUCCUUUAUGGUAUAUGAUAACUGGCAUGGUCCGUUUUCGAUGCCAGUAGUCCCGGAUGGGUGAUUUUGUUCAGUUUACUUACACUCUCUUCUUCCAUAUCUUUACGAGGGAUUGAAAAGGUAGUUGUGUGGUAGGAGCUACAAAAUCCCGCUUCUUCUCACUCGCAUUUGUUUUCCAUCAUUUCCUAUGGCCAUCUCUGAAAGCGUUAAUCAGAGGAUGUAGCAGUCUCUUGAUUAAUGGCUGUAAUACAAUCGUUUUUGUCCCCGAAAGAAAAUUAAAUUGACAGAACAUGUCAUCAAUGCUGGCAAAUAGAAGUUCAUGUAGCG